CUUCCUAUGGAACACACCCUCAAAGUCAAUGGCUCAAAUUCAUUCUCCCUCUCUCUCACACACACCAUUUUUCUAUAUAUUUGUCUCUUCAUUCCAUUUCUCUCUACUUCCUCCCUUCCAUUUCUCUACCAAAAAUAAAAUAUAAAAAAAAUCCUAUGAUGAGGAGAACAACAAGCAUGACAAGGAUCACCGUUGAUGUAAUGAACAACGGAGGAGGAAAGCCGUCUGAUCAUCAACACGUGUCAUUAAAAUAUCACCAUAGAAGUUCAAGUGAUCAAAGUUUUCAUCUUCAUCAUAUAGAAAAAACUACUUAUUUCUUGACAACUUGUGGACUUUGUAACCGUCGAUUGCCACCUUCUCGUGAUAUUUACAUGUACAGGGGUGAUACUGCAUUUUGUAGUAUGGAGUGUAGGGAAAAACACAUGAAAAAAGAUAAAAGAAAAGAGAAAUCAAAGGUUCCUAUCCUUCAAAAGAAGACUGAAAAUCAUCACAAUUACUCAGAAUUACCGUCUGAAAAUUCUGGCAAGAGUAAAACUAUUGCAGCAGCUUGAAGGUUAAUUUUGGGAAAAAGAAGAGAGAAGACAAAAAUUAUGUGUAUUUUAAGUAGAAAUAACUAGUGUAAAUAAAUUUUAUGCUAUUAUUGUAAUUUAUCUUGCUAUGAAAUGUUUAUUGUGUUACUUUUCAGGUAACUAACUAGUUUUAAUUAGUUCCUUUGCUUA